AAUAUCCAUUAUCCGCUAAAAAUUGUAACUGUUAUAUAUUAUUAUAUUUUAUAAAUCAAUAUAAUUACCCAAGUGUUUUAGCUUAUAUUAAGGAAAAAGAAAAUGUUUAAAAAUUUUGGAAGAAACAAUAUAUUGUGUUUAUGUAGACGUUAUUAUGUCAGAUUAAUAGAAGUGGGUCAGUUAAAUGUACCAAAGCCUAUUGAAAAAUAUGAAACUGGUCAGUUGUUUUUUCACCGGAUAUUUGGAUAUAGAGGAGUGAUAUUGUUUCCAUGGUUAGCCAGAGUAUACGACCGUGAUGUUGUCAUCAAAGCAGAAAACGCAACAGGAAAAGAUAUUAAAGGAAAGACACAUACGUAUUAUCAAACUUUGAUAGAUGAAAGAGAUUGCCCAUUUAUUAGAGCACAAACAGAAGCUGUAACUUUUCUCGGAAAUCAGGAUACCAGUCGUAGCUUGUAUGCAAUACCUGGUCUAGAUUAUGUAGCUCAGGAAGAUAUACUUCCAUACACAGCAACUGAAAAACAACCAUUACAACAUGAGCUUUUUGAUAAAUUUCUCAUGUAUUAUCCUAAUAAAGAACCACCAUUUGGAGCACAAGAAACUCUUCGGUCGUGGCAAAAAAAAAAUCAUCCUUGGCUGGAGUUGUCGGAUGUUCAUAAAGAAACUACGGAAAAUGUUAGAAUCACAGUAAUACCAUUCUACAUGGGCUAUAGAGAAUCUCAAACCAAUUCUGUGUACUGGUGGAGAUAUUGUAUACGAUUAGAAAAUUUGGGUGAACAAAGCGUUCAGCUAAGAGAAAGACAUUGGAGAAUAUUUAGUUUAUCUGGAACAUUAGAGACUGUACGAGGAAGAGGUGUUGUGGGCCAAGAACCUCUACUCUCAAAAAAAUCACCAGCAUUUCAAUAUAGCAGUCAUGUCAGCUUACAAGCUCCUAGUGGUCACAUGUGGGGAACAUUUCGAAUGGAACGUGAGGAUGGACAUUUAUUUGAUUGUCGAAUACCUCCAUUUUCUCUAGAGAGCAAACCAGAUGAUAAGGUUACAUUUAAUACUUUUCUAGACCGUUAAAUGUUGAGUGAUCCAUUCUUAAGCCACUGGUGACUGUUUCAUCUUCCCUGUGUGGACAAUCGUCCUGAAGAUCGCAUAUCCAUCGCUGAACUAUAUAUAAAAAUUAUUCAAAUACUGAAGAAAUAAAUAAAUUACAUAUAUAUUUGUAAAAAUAAUUUUUUUAUAUAUACAUGAAUAUGUAAUUUUUUUAUUCUAAAUUCUGUAAACUGAUUAGUGUAAAAACCAACUGUUACACAUAUUUAUCAGUGUCAUCUUUGCAGUUCUAAUUUCAUCACUGAAUGUGUAGAACGCUUAACAUUCUUACCAAUUGCAAAAAUUUAAAAUAAUUAUUUUAAUAUAUACAUUUUUCAAUAUUUAGUCUUUUGAGUGUAGAAAUCACCAAUUCAGGUUAUUAACCUACCAUAUUUCGGCUGAAAUUGAAUAUUUGAAUUCUUAAUAGCUCAAAUUGCAUUAAAAUACAAACAUAUUUAAUACAUUUUUACGGAGUAUCUUUUUUGCUUAAUAAUAAUAUUACGUGAUUACUUUAUUAAUUAGUCAAAUUUAGAAACAAUGACAAUUGUCAUGUAUACUUUAUAGAUGACUCCUACAUAUUUAAAUAAUUUUUUAAUGUUUUUUCAGGAUUGACGUGAAUGCAUAAUAUAUAAAUAUAAUUAUUAUUAUUUAUAAGGUUCAUUAAUAAGCAGGUUACUGAUGAUAAUUUGAUAUGAUUUUGUCCGUG